UGCUCUCGCCCAAGGAUGUCAGGCUCGCGCCGAGAAUUUGACGUGAAGCGGAUUCUAAGGCUGCGAUGGAGGGGCCUUGGUCACCAGCAGCCCCCUCCUAAUCCCGAUGCCGGCGGUGGCGAAGGAGACCUCUGGGGCAGAAGACGUAACGGGGGGAUAAAGUCCCUCAAUGCAAGCAGGCUACCGCCCUCCUUCGCAUCCCUCGGUUUCCGGAGGUCCAAGCCCCAGGGCUCGCUGGACUCCUUCUCUGGGCCAAUGGCCUCCAUAUCAGGGGUGCCUUCCCUGGACUUCAGCAGAGAGGACAUCCAGACCGCACGCUUGCUUGAGCACCCAGAUGCUGAGGGUGGAGCCGGGGAAGAAGAAGCAGCAGAAGAAGCAAAAGUACCAAACCUCACUGCAUGCAGACCCUCCGACAUCAGAGAGACUCGCCUGCCGUCUCCUCCAAUGGAGCCUUGUACGUCUGAUGAAUUUUUCCAGGCGCUCAACCAUGCGGAGCAAACGUUUAAAAAAAUGGAAAAUUACCUGAGACACAAGCAGCUGUGCGACGUGGUGUUAGUGGCAGGCGAGCGACGGAUCCCAGCACACAGGUUGGUGCUGUCCUCCGUCUCCGAUUACUUUGCAGCCAUGUUUACUAACGACGUCCGAGAAGCAAGACAGGAGGAAAUCAAAAUGGAAGGCGUGGAACCAAAUGCAUUGUGGGCCUUAGUGCAGUACGCAUACACAGGUCGCCUUGAAUUAAAAGAAGAGAACAUUGAGUGCCUGUUAUCUACCGCUUGUAUCCUUCAGCUGUCUCAGGUGGUGGAAGCCUGUUGCAAGUUUUUAAUGAAGCAGCUCCACCCUUCAAAUUGCCUUGGGAUCCGCUCCUUUGCCGACGCACAGGGCUGCACCGAUUUGCACAAAGUGGCCCACAACUACACCAUGGAGCACUUCAUGGAAGUAAUUAGAAACCAAGAAUUCCUCCUGCUGCCAGCCACAGAAAUUGCAAAGCUUUUAGCUAGCGAUGAUAUGAACAUUCCUAGUGAAGAGACUAUUCUCAGUGCGUUGCUUACUUGGGUGCAACACGAUUUGGAACAGCGAAAGAAAGACCUCAGUAAACUCUUAGCAUACAUUAGACUCCCUUUAUUGGCUCCACAGUUUUUAGCAGACAUGGAAAACAACCUACUCUUCAGAGAUGACAUUGACUGUCAAAAACUCAUCAUGGAAGCAAUGAAGUACCAUCUGUUGCCAGAGAGAAGGCCCAUGUUGCAAAGCCCUCGUACAAAGCCUAGAAAAUCUACUGUUGGUGUCCUGUUUGCAGUCGGAGGGAUGGAUGCAACUAAAGGAGCAACGAGCAUUGAAAAGUACGACCUCCGUACCAAUAUGUGGACUCCUGUUGCAAAUAUGAAUGGAAGAAGAUUACAGUUUGGAGUGGCCGUGUUAGACGAUAAACUAUAUGUCGUCGGAGGUAGAGACGGACUAAAAACGUUGAACACCGUGGAGUGUUACAACCCCAAAACAAAAACUUGGAGCGUGAUGCCACCCAUGUCAACUCACCGGCACGGGCUUGGAGUGGCAGUCUUGGAAGGCCCUAUGUAUGCUGUGGGAGGACACGAUGGCUGGAGCUACUUGAAUACGGUGGAAAGGUGGGAUCCGCAGGCCCGGCAGUGGAACUUUGUGGCUAGCAUGUCAACUCCAAGGAGUACAGUGGGCGUAGCAGUACUAAGUGGAAAGCUCUACGCGAUAGGCGGCCGAGACGGAAGCUCAUGUUUGAAGUCCGUCGAAUGUUUCGACCCGCACACUAACAAGUGGACGCUCUGUGCUCAAAUGUCAAAACGAAGAGGGGGCGUGGGAGUAACGACCUGGAAUGGCUUCCUGUAUGCUAUCGGGGGUCACGAUGCACCAGCUUCUAAUCUGACAUCGAGGCUGUCCGAUUGUGUAGAAAGAUACGAUCCCAAAACAGAUAUGUGGACUGCUGUGGCGUCAAUGAGCAUCAGUAGGGAUGCGGUGGGAGUCUGCCUUCUAGGAGAUAAGCUGUAUGCUGUUGGAGGAUAUGAUGGACAAGCCUACCUUAAUACAGUAGAAUCAUAUGACCCUCAGAUAAAUGAGUGGACACAGGUUGCGCCAUUGUGCCUUGGAAGAGCUGGGGCUUGUGUGGUGACUGUCAAACUCUAGCAGUGAAAUAAACUGUCUCUUCUGUAGACUGGGAAUUUCACAUCCAAUCAUGAAAGCAUAAAAACCCGCAAGGUACCGUGUAUCUUCGCAAGGCAAAGAGACUGCCCUUAAAUCUA